GACCGUGAGGAUUCUCUAACCCGUGCCCCGGAGUCCCAACCGUCUGAGAGGGUGUCGGACCUCACUGAGGCAAUCCUGGGCCGUUGGCACUAAAAUGUCCCUAAGUGGUGGCACUGCAGGCGGGAAAGGUGUGGACUCUAAUGCGGUGGACACUUACGACAGCGGGGAUGAGUGGGAUAUUGGUGUUGGAAAUCUGAUUAUUGACCUCGACGCUGACUUAGAGAAAGACAAACUUGAGAUGUCUGGUACCAAGGACGGCAUGGCGGCACCACCCAGUGCAGUGGCAGCAUUGCCUGACAACAUCAGGUUUGUUAGUCCAGUGUCUGGCUCUCAAGGCAAGGAAAGCAAAUCCAAAUACAAGCGCAGUAAGAACUCUAAAGACAAUAGUAGCAAAGCUUCAGCUGGAGAUGGGGGCAAAAAAGAAACUACAGGACGGACUCAGGGGGAGCCGACAGGCACAGCAGCAAGUGCAGGAGCUGCUGGCAGUAAUUCCACCUCUGGAAGGAACAUGGAAAAGGGGGGCAAAGCCUCCCGAGGUGUUCUGAGUGGUAAAAAAGAGAAAGAAGUGGCUACUGGGAAAAGUAAGAAGGACAAAACAGAUGGAGCCCCAGUCGUGGCAAUAGCUGCUGCGGAGAAGGAUGUUGUGUCUCAAGCCCACGUCGCUUUGGGGAAUAGUCGUAAUACGUCCUUUGAGAACACACAAUCAACGGACAUGGCAGAAGCCAAUCAAAUGGGGAAUAUUGCACUUGAACCUGUUGGGAUAGUACCAGCAUUGGCCACAAAAACUGAACCAGAGGAGGUGGAAAAUGGUAAUAGUGAAUGCAAGACGCUAAAGAAGGUGAAAAAUGAGAAGAUGGAAUCUCCUGUCUCCACGCCAGCCCCUCCCCCCCUCCACCUCCUGGCCACAGUAGGCAACAGUGAGAUUGCCUCGCCGUGCGAGCAGAUAAUGGUGCGUACACGCUCGGUAGCAGUGAACACAUCCGAUGUGGCCCUGGCUACCGAACCUGAGUGCUUGGGGCCCUGUGAGCCUGGUACCAGUGUCAAUCUCGAAGGCAUCGUGUGGCAGGAAACUGAGGACGGUAUGCUGGUGGUCAAUGUUACUUGGAGAAACAAGACGUAUGUGGGCACCCUGUUGGACUGUACACGGCAUGACUGGGCUCCCCCCAGGUUUUGUGAAUCCCCUACAAGUGAUCUGGAGAUGAGAAAUGGCCGCGGUCGAGGUAAGCGAAUGAGACCGAACAGCAACACCCCUAUCAACGAGAACAGCAACUCAUCUGACAACAAGGGUACCACCAACAACAAGACACGUGCUGCUUCUAACAGCAAGGGCCGAAGGGGCAGCCAGACGCCAUCAGAGCGCCGUACUCCACCGAACAGUAACACAGAGGACAUCAAGGCCAGUCCCUCCUCAGCUGGAAAACGCAAGACCAAACCAGCCUCAGACAUGGAACCGAAUUCCAGCUCAGAGGACACCAAAGGCAACAAACGUAUGCGGACAAACUCCAACAGUGGAGGGGUGGGACCAACAGGUCUGCCUAUCCCUUCUAUUAAGACUGAGCCACUUCCACCUCCCCUCGAUCGCAGCUGCCCCUCUCCAGUUCUUAUUGACUGCCCACACCCUAACUGCAACAAGAAGUACAAGCACAUCAAUGGUCUGAAGUACCACCAAGCCCGUGCCCACAAUGAUGAUGACAUUAAGUUGGACUUAGAUGGAGACAGUGAAUACGGAGAGGAUUCAACUCUCCACCCUGAACCAGGGAACUGUAAUGGAGCCUCUAUCUCUCAGAAAGGAUCCUUGUCUCCAGCACGUUCAGUUACUCCAAAAGGCAGGAACUUUGAUGCUCAAAGUCCUUCCCCAUCUCCUGGCAAGUUUGGUUCAAAGCAGAGUAAAAAGAAAAUUGCUGAGACAGAUCCAGAAACGGGAGGUACACCAAUGGACGGGUGUGAGGAUGGGCCAUGCCUCACUGAUGAGGCCAGUAACGAUGGUUUAGAUGAUAAGAGAGGAUCAGACAAGUCCAAAAAGGGUAGCACUGGCACAAAGGCUGAUAAAAUGGCCCAGAAAAACAUGAAGUCUCCACGGCCCAUUGGCCCUGGCUCUACUGCAUCCCAGCAAAUGUACUCUUUUCCUCCUGGAAACCCAAAUUCUUCCCCAGGGCUUACCCCAAUGAUACAAGGUAUCCCUAAGAGUCCGCAAAUGAAAGGCACACAGCCUAAACCCCCUGCCAUUGGAGAUCCUGCCUCAGGUAGUUCCAAAGACAAGAAGAAGAAAGACAAGAAGAAAAAAGAUAGUGGAAAGGAGGCUGACAGCCCCAAGCCUCCGGGAAAGGGAGGAAAACUAGAGGAAGGAAAGCUUCCAUACUCUGAACCUUCUGAUCAAGGAAACAAGGGGGAAGGACUCCUCAAUGGCUCCUCAGAUCCUCAUCAGAGUCGCUUGGCCAGUAUCAAGGCUGAGGCUGACAAGAUUUACAGCUUUUCUGACAAUGCCCCUAGCCCAUCCAUUGGUGUAGCCAGUCGAAUAGAUGGCAGUGGGAUGCCGCAGCCUCUAACGCCACUUCAUGUGGUGAACCAGAAUGGUGCUGACAAUUCAUCAGUCAAAACUAAUAGCCCAGCAUAUUCAGACAUUUCAGAUGCUGGUGAGGAUGGUGAAGGGAAACUAGAAGGUGUCAAAGUCAGGACAGAGGACCAAGCCAUCAGGGAAAGUGUCAAAAAAGCACUCUUUCCAAACCAGACACCCAACAAAGAGUCCCCGUACUAUGCCGGCUAUGAUGCGUAUUACUCACCCAAUUACGUCAACCCCAGUCCCAGCGGGCCCAAUCAAGGCACGCCAGUGGCUGAAGGUCAGGUUAAGAUCAAAAGGGAUGAUGACCAAGACCAAGUUGAGGAGAAAGUCAAAGUGGAGGUUCAUGAAGACCGCAAACCUGACAGCAGUCAGCAACAGCAACCCUCAGUCAUCCAACAGCGAUCCAACAUGUACAUGCAACCUCUUUACUACAACCAGUAUGCUUAUGUCCCCCCAUAUGCAUACCAUCCCGAUCAAGCCUACCAUAACCACUUGAUGAACACCAACCCAGCCUACCGGCAACAGUAUGAGGAGCGGCAGCGACAGAUGGCUGAACAGCAUCGUGCUGCUGAGAAAAAGUCAGAUGUAGCCAUAAAAGAACGAGAAGCCUCCAUGAAGGAGGAGUGGAAACAAAAAAGCCCAAUGCCACCAAGCCUCUCCAAAGCCCCAAGUCAGUCAGACCUCGGAAAAACGCCACAGCCCCCAGGAAAAUCAAGGGACUCGCCCUCUGAACCCUCUUCGAAAACUAUUGGAAGCAUAAAAGGGGAGGACCAGAAGUCCCAGCAAGCUGAGGGGCUAAAGAUGAAGCUGACUGAAGGGGGCCACCAUGUAAAGGAAGACUCCAAGCAAACACUGGAGUCCAGAGGUCAAGCAGGGAUGGAGCAGGCCAUAUGGUACAGACAGCAACAACAACCUCGAUGGAAAGACGAAAGGGACAGAGAACGGGAACGUGAUCGUAAAUUAAAAGACGAUAGGCCCAGGCCCAAGGACAAUCAAAGUGGGCCCAAGGAGGACGGCAAAGAGGGUUGCGAUCCCAGAAUCACUUCUGAGGACCACCGGGCUAUGAGCAAAGACUCUCGUUCCAAUCCCCACAUGCAGUUUUCAUCACCACUAGCGCAGCACCAAGGCUACAUGCCCUACAUGCAUGGUUACCCCUAUGGACAAGGCUAUGACCCCAACCACCCUGGAUACAGGGGCAUGCCCUCAGUCAUGAUGCAGAAUUACCCAGGUUCUUACCUACCCGGAGGUUAUCCGUUUUCUCCAUAUGGUAGUAAAAUAGCCGGAGGUGAGGAAGGCAACGACAAAUCUCGUGCUAGCCCCACUGUCACCAAAACGGCAACAGACUCCAAAGCCUUGGAUAUCCUGCAUCAGCACGCCAGCCAAUACAAGAGCAAAUCCCCCACAGUAGGUGACAAGCCGCCCCACGACAGGGAGAGGGAGCAGGACAGAGGAGCUGCUGGAGACAGAGAACGGGAAAGGGAGCGUGAGAGGGAAAGAGAAAGAGACGUGGACCGACCGCGCUCCUCCCCCUCCCAGCGUAUCAUGCCCUCUCACCACCACCUAGGAUACCCCCUGCUCUCAGGGCAAUAUGACCUGUCCUACGCCACAGGUCUCUCCUCAUCAGCUAUUGUUGCCAGCCAACAAGCAGCAACCCCCCCCCUCUAUCCACCACCACAGAGGUGA